AUGGCUCCAAAAAAUAAUAAACGUGGAUUGAGAAAAAAAGCGUUUCUGAAAAGCACGAAAACAAAACAAAUCAGCAGCAGUAUGGCUGAAGAAAUUGAUCAUACAGAAGAUAUAGAAGAUAAUUCAACAAAAAAAAUACGAAAUACAGAAAAAAAUGAUAAGCUAUCUUUAAAAAUGGAUACGUCUAAAAAAUCAAGGAUCGAAAUUUUAGGAGAAGUUUUGUUACUUCUUAAAACAGACGAUUCUAAAAAUAAAUUCAAAUCAACAUUGGCAAGUAUGUUCAAACUUAUGGAUAUCGAGGAUCCAAGAAAAAGGGCCAUACAUUGGAUUUUGACUACUUUUAUGAACAACUUAAAAGACCUCAAUGAAACUCAAGAUUUAACUUAUUUCGCUGAAACAUGUUUUGAUUUAUUGUUGCCGAAACAACUAUUAAAUAUUCUAACAACUGAAAAUGACACUAUUAAAGAAGGAUUGGAGAUUGGAGCGGGUGGCUUUGGAAUUAUUAGAAAAGGAACUUUUUGUUUAAAUAAUGGUUCAGAGAAAAUUGUGGCUGUUAAAUCACCUAAUAAAGUAGAUUAUAAACUAGGUAUACGACGAGAAGCAAUAAUACACAGUCAGCUUGACCAUCCCAACAUUGUUAAAAUGAUAGCUUUUCAAAAGAAACCCACGAAAUUAGUCAUGGAAUUUAUGGAAAACCAAAGUUUACGAGAAGUUUUAAUGUAUCACUCUGAUUGUACAGAAUAUUUUUACGCAUGGAUAAUUCAAAUAAUUAGCGCCAUGGAAUAUAUCUCUGACAAGCAAAUUGUACAUCGAGAUUUGGCCACAAAGAAUGUUUUCGUAAAUUCAAAGAUGUCCUGUAAAGUUGGCGAUUUUGGAUUGAGCUGUUUUGUGGGCUACAACAACGGCGUUUACGAGGAAAAGAUGGGUGAACUGCAAAAUCACAAUACUUCUCCGGAAUCAAGAGUAACCCAAUGUUUUACCACUAAAUCAGAUGUCUGGGCGAUGGGAUUGUUAAUGUGGGAGAUGUAUUUUUUAGAACAGUCCAAAUAUAUGUAUGAAACUGAAUUAAUGUUUAUGCUAUUUAAUUGUAUGUUCAAGCGCCCAUCAAAUUGUCCAACAGGUCUGUUUAACUAUAUAAUACAUAAAAUAUGCAUCGAUGAUCCUGACAGUCGUCCAACUUUUACUGAAAUCAAGGAAUUUUUAGUAUCGAAUGAACAUAUUUUUUUCAAUUGA